AUGCAUAAUUCUGAAAUUGAUGAUGAUUUGAAAAAUUUAUUGAUCGAAAAUGAGUAUCAGCUGUCUUGGAUUUCUUAUGAUGAAUUCAAAGAUAUUGAUGAGAUAGGUAAAGGCGGAUUUGCAACUGUAUAUUAUGCUAGAUGGUAUGAUAAAAGUCAAAAUUUAAAUAGAGCUGUUGCGCUUAAAUUACUUCAUAAUUCGAAUAAUUAUUAUGAAGAAUUUAUAAAAGAGUUAAAAGCAUACUGUGAUAUCGGCCUUAAAGAUCCAACUUUUUUAAAAUGUUUUGGUAUAUCAAAAGAUAAAGUUUCUAAAGACUAUAUCCUUGUAAUGAUGUACGCUCCAAAAGGUAAUUUGCGCAAAAAUCUGCAAAUUAUAGCACAG